GGGCCCUCAUGCGGCCCUUGUCCGUCAUCAGUCCUUCUCGCUAUAGCACUUCAGCAGGCCUUGUCGCCUUUCUUAUCAUCUUUGUAUGAGUAUUCCCUUGCGCGUACGACGCCAGUCCGCCGCAGCACCACCAGAACUCUUUGGCGAUGAGAUUCAACAUGUCCUGUCACAUGCCUCGGAGCAUCACUACCCGACAAGCAAGCCCAACAUUCUCGCCAAGAUCACCACUGCAACGGAGGAUGUCGAUGUCUAUAACCGCUUCAGCAAGCGCAGAAAGACAAUAUUGACAACGGCUGUCGCGUUUUGUUCGCUUUGUUCACCAUUCAGUACAACUUGCAUUUUCUCAGCCGUUCCAGAGAUUGCAGCGCAAUUUGGAACCACGGGUACAGUCAUCAACAUCACGAGCACGGCCUAUUUGCUAUGUAUGGCCAUUGCGCCGCUCUGGUGGGGUCCCAUGUCACAGGUGUAUGGUCGCAAACCCAUCUACACCGCCGCAGCGCUAGGUUACACGGUCGGCUCGAUGGGCACUGCACUCUCCAAAAACCUCGCGACGUUUGUGGUCUUUCGUUGUGUUUGUGCCCUGUUUGGGUCAGCGCUCAUGGCAUGUGGUGCAGGCAUCAUUGCAGACAUGUAUGAACCGCGUAGUCGUGGUACAGCCAUGGGUUACUACCUCUCUGGCACUGUCAUUGGUCCUGCUCUCGGCCCAUUCAUCGCAGGACUCAUCAUCAAUUGGCGACCUUGGCCUGAUGUCUUUUGGUUUACUGUUGGGCUUGGUGGUGUUGCGCUUCUCUUAUGCUUGUUUGUGUUGCCAGAGACGUCGCAUCACCGCAUUCACGAUGACUUGCGGAAGGAGCAAGGUCAUUUUGUGGUUGUUUGGGUGAAUCCCCUCAAACCACUUUGUCUAUUCAUCUACCCCAACAUUGCCCUUGUGGGACUCGUGAGCUCCUUUGUGCUCUGGAUGAUGUAUAGUCUCCUGACGCCCAUUCGCUAUGUCAUCAAUCCACGAUUCGGUAUCACAUCACCAGCACUCUCAGGUCUCUUCAAUCUCGCUCCUGGCUUUGGCUAUCUGGUGGGAACGUUUGUCGGUGGCCGAUUUGCAGACUAUGAAGUACGCAAAUGGGUACGGAUACGUGGCAGACGCGUCCCUGAAGACCGACUACGCAGUGCUAUCUGGGUGCUUCUGCUCGUAUUGCCAGGCACGGCACUCAUCUAUGGUUGGUCCAUUGAUCAACGCAAGGGAGGUAUCGCAGUCCCUGUCAUUGCCAUGUUUUUCAAUGGUAUUGCUCAGCUUGUAUUGUUUACGUGCGUGAACACGUAUUGUGUCGAUUGCAUGCAAGAACGCUCAACAGAAGUGGUUGGUGCGAAUUAUUCCAUUCGCUAUGUAUUUGCAGCGACGGCGAGUGCUGUCAUUCUACCGCUCAUUGAUGCGGUCGGUGUUGGGUGGGCGAAUACUCUCGCUGCCGCCUUACUUGUACUGUCUGGUGUGUUUACCAUACUAGUGGUCAAGUUUGGUGAGAGGUGGAGGCUGGGUGUGGAUGAAUGGAUCAAGUCACGUUCAACUACAACAAACCCUCUGGAUGUCGUCAAGGAUUCUGCGUAAAAAUGUACUUGUAGACGAAUAGUACAAUGCGAUGUCAUCUGAAUCAGCUCGGCCCGAUAUGAACCUUCAUUCGCGAACUUUUCGGGAGACCCUCCAGCUCAUGCAGACCUCGGUCCAUAAUGGACUCUCCAACGCUCAGUAUGCUCGGUUCGACUUAGACAGCUAUA